UUGACUGAGUUUCUUCCUCAAAACGGCUCUUUUAAGAGCCACCCACUAAUUCAUAUAAAUGAGCAAAACUUUGUGCAGGAUUUGAGUUUAUUUUUCUUGUUUUCGUAUUUGUUUAUUGUGACUCAGAGUUCACAAACCGAAAGCAAAACUUCUGAUGAAACAAAUGUGUAUUAUGCAGCGUCACUUUCACCCCUCCUGACAAGUCUGUGACGAGUUAAAUCACUGUUUAAAAUCAAGUUUAGUGCAAUUACUUGAUUGUUUUAUACGUUUGAUUCAAUUAUAUUCAAUCGAUUAUACAUUUCUGUUCAUUAAAUUUCAGGUUUAACGGCAUCAAAGAAAAGAGCUCGUACACUUACUGCCUCACUAAACCACACAAGAGUUUAGUUUUCAAAUACUAGUAAUAAUAACUGAAGAAGACUCUUAACCAAUAAGUUCACCUCAUGUAUAACAUGUUUAUUAAUACAUAACUAAUAAUAAUAAUUAAAGGAGCAGUAAAUGACAAGCUCUUUUUUUCUAAACACCUUACACACAUUAUUCUGGUGUGCUUGUAAACUAAUAAUAAUAAUGAUUAUUGUUUAUUACAGUAUCCUCUGAGUUAAACACAUGCUUGCAAGGCACUCGUCAUCAGAAAGAGGGAGGAGUUUAGUGUUUGGAGGUAAAUGCUGUGAUUGGUUAGAAUGUUUCACAGACUCGAGCCAAUGGGCGACUGACAGUCUCCUUUUAAUACUGGAAACAUCUGCACAUGAGCAAAUAUCUUCUUCUAUUUCACAUUUUGAAGUUUUGUAACAGUCGCGAUAAUGAGUGGCAGAGGUAAAACCGGCGGCAAAGCGCGAGCAAAGGCUAAAACUCGUUCCUCCAGGGCGGGACUGCAGUUCCCCGUCGGCCGUGUGCACAGACUUCUCCGCAAAGGCAACUACGCUCAGCGUGUCGGUGCCGGUGCUCCCGUUUAUCUGGCCGCUGUGCUCGAGUAUCUCACCGCUGAGAUCCUGGAGUUGGCCGGAAACGCCGCUCGGGACAACAAGAAGACUCGUAUCAUUCCCCGUCACCUGCAGCUGGCAGUGCGGAACGACGAGGAGUUGAACAAACUCUUGGGUGGAGUGACCAUCGCUCAGGGUGGGGUGUUGCCCAACAUCCAGGCUGUGCUGCUGCCCAAGAAGACCGAGAAACCCUCCAAGACCAAGUAAACCAACCCCAGUCUGUUUGCCUGACCCCAACGGCUCUUUUAAGAGCCACACACUUGAACUAAAAAGAGACUUUUCUUCUCUUAUAUAAAGUCUUCAGUUCAAUGGUUGGUACAGAAGCUAAAAUAAAGAAAUGUGUAGGAGUGCAUAUAUGCAGUAACAAGUGUUUCUAUUUCAUUCGUAACUGAAAAACUGCAUCAGCUUGGAGCUACUUAUGCAGUGGCAUAACUCCGUAAAGACAUGUAAUGAAAAACUACAAGAUUUGUCUCGAAUAAUGUGCAGCAUUAGACACAUGCGGUGAAAUCAAAUGUGCAUGAAGCAACACGUGAUCGAUCAAGGGUUUUUUCAGUCGUGUUACUAUUUUGUUUCUUAAGUACAGAUAACAUUACUAAACAAGCAGGUGUGUAAUGUCUGUUGUACAUAAUCAUAUAAUAAAGUGUUACACCG